CUGGGCUUCCUGAGAAAUCUGAAAAUGCGGCGAAAUCGGGGACAUGCUGUGCCUCUUGUAAGGAAUUUCAUCAAAUAAAGCAGACGGUUUUACAACUGAAGCAAAAGGUUGCUUUGCUACCAAAUAAUGCUGCUGAUCUUAGCAAGCAAAUCACUGGUGAAAAAGUGCUUGCAUCUAAUGCAUAUAUCCCUGGCCCCCCAGGCCAGCCUGGCCAACAAGGGCCUCCAGGGGCUCCAGGACCAAAAGGGAGUCAAGGAGUUCCUGGGUCACCUGGACCUCCCGGACAGCCAGGCCCUCGUGGAUCAAUGGGACCUAUGGGCCCAUCUCCAGACAUAUCACACAUUAAGCAGGGCAGACGGGGUCCUGUGGGUCCACCAGGAGCCCCGGGAAGAGAUGGUAGCAAGGGGGAGCGAGGUGCACCAGGACCAAAGGGGAUACCUGGCCCACCAGGUUCAUUUGAUUUCCUAUUGCUGAUGAUGGCAGACAUCAGAAAUGACAUUGCUGAGCUGCAAGAGAGAGUGUUUGGACACAGGACUCAUUCAUCAACAGAGGAGUUUCCAUUACCUCAGGAAUUUACAAACUAUCAUGACACAGUAGAUUUUGGAUCUGGAGAAGACUACAAACCACGGGCAGCACCCACGGACUCCAGGAUACAGAAGGCAGCCCAUCCUUAG